AUGAAGAACUACGUCCUCAACGUAGCCAACGUAUUGCCUCCGCUACCACACCCCGACAGUCCAUACGCAUCAGUAUAUGUCCCAAAUGCCUUGGUAGGCGCAGCGAACCUCAUAUUUGGAGUCGGUGAUUUAGGAACAGAUCUCCCUUCCAGCAAUGUAGCUGUUUUCUAUGCGUUGUUGGCAACUUCUGCCUUCCAGCUUCGAGGUUCUGGUGGACGAAUUGAUUCGGGAUUCGAGCUGAUAGGCAGGAGUUUCCGUGCUAAGGCUUUCGAGUCCCUGCAAAAGGCCCUCGAGGAAUCCCCAGAACCAAACGAGCAUUAUACCCUAUCAAGCUCCUACAAUUUCCCCAUUUCACAUUUUGAGACUCUACUUUCAGCCAUGUUGGCCUUUUCCUCUAUGGAUGUUAUGGAAGGCUCCAUGAGCGAAUACUGGAUCCAUUUGGAUGGUCUCGAGCGACUUGCCCGGCAACUUCGAGAUGACGGUAAAGCUUCUCCUAUCAUUGAUCGAUUGAUCGCCAAUUCAUCCUUUCUCUCAACUGUCGCAAGUACUACUGCUAUGGACUUGCCCUCCAUACCAUGGACGGAGGACAACAUUGAUUUAGACGACCUGGAAGAUCAACUUUCGGGAGUACACCACGGUCUGGAGGUCACUUACGGCAUUACACAUUCUCUCGCUCGGUUGAUGCGGCAGAUAGUCAAGCGGUCUCAAAACAUCUCUUACUACGUCUCGGAAGAUCUCCCGCUCCCUGAAACUCUCGUCACUGCUUGUACAAAGCUAUCAGAAGCAAUAUCGCAAUGGUCCAUAGAGUCAGAACCAUUGUCACGCCUCUUUUUGUUGGACUCGAAUCCACACUCAGACACUAGUCUGCUCCUUGCCAGAAAUCAUCUCCUGGCAUUUGCUCACGGUUUAAGGGUGUAUUAUCACACAAGGAUUUUCCCUUGCAGCGUACCAGAGAUGUCCCACUACGUUGGUCUUGUUGCGCAACGUUUGAUUGCCAUUGAAGAAAUCAAAUCCGAAGCACAAUACGAUUCGAACGUCGCAGCCACGAUCACUUGGCCUGGAUUUAUAGCUUCUUGUGAAGCCACGCAGGGUCAGGAACGAGAGGUCUGGUCCCGAUGGUGGAACGGGAUGUUGCGACAUCGCAUAGGAAACAUUCCCCAUUUGUGGAAUGUUGUUCAGAAAGCAUGGGCACUUCGGGACAAUGAAGGCUCAACGGAAGUUCCAGGAUGGAUGCCAGCACUGAGAGUAACAGGAAAACGGGUCCUGGCAAUUUAA